ACUGAUCUAUACCUUCUUGCUUUUCAGGAAAAGCAUUCGAAGAUAUCUACCAUAAAUGGGGCGUAGGUGAACCGAAUAAUGUCAGAAAUGCUGAAAAAUGUGUGGUCAUGCGUCCAGAUGGCACUUAUAAUGAUGACCAUUGCCUCAAAAUAUUUCCAUACAUUUGCAAAAUGCCAUUAGCUGCCGUUAAAUGGAAUUCUGAAUGUCACACUCCGUAUGCCGAUUACAAACGUGAUAAUGAUGCUAGUCGCUGUUAUAAAUUUCACUUGAAACCUCAAAGUUGGAUGAAAGCAGUAGAAGCGUGUGAUGCGGAACAAGGUUACUUGGCUAUAAUUAAUACUCAAGACGAGGCAGAUUUUCUCGUUAACAUGACUAAAAAUGCAGCGAAGGAUGCGGUAGAGGGAUCUUUCUUACGAGGUUUCGUCCAUGUUGGAUUUAACUGGUUCGAAGAUGAUUGGAAAACGAUUGGAGGAGAAACAAUACAGGAGGCAGGAUAUUCUACUUGGGGUGAACGGCAACCGGACGGCGGCAACGAGGAGCUGUGUGGAGCGAUGGCUUACGAUGGAAAACUACACGAUGUCGGUUGCCAGCAGCCCAUGUGCUUCUUUAUUUGCGAGUUAGAAGUCAAAGCAUUCAGCUUUCUGAGUGAAAAGUUCGACGGCGCAUAAUAUAAUAAUCUAAAUAAUAAAACUAUCAAAUGUAUUUAAAAGACGAUAGAUGUCUUUUAUACCCUAAUUAUGCAUCAAAAGACAUGCAUGGAUUCAUUUUAAAUUUAUCAAAAUUAUAAAAAUGUUUGCCAUUGAAAUUAAACAAAUACGUGUGGUUAACUAA